GUCAUAUUAUUGUCAUAUUGACAGCAGAUAAACAGGCAGAGAAUUUGAUUUGAUUGAAAAUUUUGAAAAUAAGGCUGAAAAUUGGCGGUAUUUGCCAAAACAGAAAAAAUGGACUUUAAUAUUGUGAAAUACAUGUGUAAAUAAAACGAGUUUCUAUAUGAUGAUGUUGAAUUAAUCCUCGUAAUAAAAAUGGAUCAUGAAAACCGGGUAGUGGUACUGAUUGAUAUGGACUGUUUUUAUUGCCAAGUGGAAGAAAAACUGAACCCUGAUUUUAAAGGAAAACCUAUUGCUGUGGUGCAAUAUAACCCAUGGAAAGGAGGAGGGAUUAUUGCAGUGAACUAUGUAGCAAGAGCUAUGGGAGUAACCCGACACAUGCGGGGGGAUGAAGCCAAGGAGAAGUGCCCUGAGAUACAGCUGCCAUCAGUACCCUGCCAGAGAGGGAAAGCAGAUAUCACAAAAUACAGGGAUGCUGGUAAAGAUGUAGCAAAAAUACUUCAGAAAUUCACACCUCUGCUGGAAAGAGCGUCUAUUGAUGAAGCAUAUCUUGACAUUACAUCGCCUGUACAAAAAAGACUUGAAACAUUAAAUAUACAAGCACUAAGUAGUGACAUGAUGCCUCAUACAUUUGCCCUGGGCUACGACAGUAUGGAGGAGUUUGUAUCAGAAGUGCACGCAUGCGGCUCAGACUCUAUUGAAUUUGAUUAUGAACAUGCCAAGAAACUGCUUGUGGGGGCUCUGAUAGUUAGUGAGAUUAGAGCUGCAGUGUUUAAUGAAACAGGUUACACCUGUUCAGCCGGAAUAGCCCACAACAAGAUUUUAGCAAAGCUGGUGUGCGGCAUGAACAAGCCCAACAAACAAACUGUGUUGCCGAAACACUCUGUCGACAUUUUAUACAAAACUUUAUCAAUAAAGAAAGUGAAACAUUUAGGAGGGAAGUUUGGCGACGCUGUGUGCGAAGUGCUGAGAAUCAAAACCAUGGCGGAAUUACAACAUUUUACUGAAAAAGAGCUCCAAGCCAAAUUCGAUGAAAAAAACGGUACUUGGCUGUACAACAUUGCACGUGGAACCGAUCUAGAACCGGUACAAGCACGAUUCAAUCCCAAAAGCAUUGGCUGCUGCAAACAACUUAGAGGCAAAGCAGCACUUCUAGACUUGGAUAGCUUAAAGAAGUGGUUGAAAGACUUGGGAGACGAAAUCGAGGACCGAUUGGAAAAGGAUGCGCUGGAAAAUAAUAGAACCCCGAAGCAAAUGGUUGUAAGCUUUUCCUUGCAAGUUGAUGGCAGAGACAUCAGUAGUUCAAGGUCGUAUAAUUUCACAUCUGAAGAUGACCUGUGCGGUGAAACUUUUUCGAAUAAAGCGUUGGAAUUGGUUAUGGAUAGCUCUGAAGGGUGCAAAACAAAAGAUGGUGAAACUAACAGAAGAUUAAAAGCUCCUUUCAAAUUUCUAGGCAUUAGCGUCGGCAAAUUUGAGGACAAUAACGAAACAAAGAAAACUAAAACAAUUAAUGACUAUUUUUCAGCUGGUUCCUCGAAAGAUAUACAUACUUCUAAUGAAAGUAGUACUAAAAUGAAAAAUAUUCCUAAAAAUAAUGAAGGCAAAAACUAUGUUCUGCAAAAAUUUUUAAAUAGCGGGAAAGGUUCCCAAAAAGUUGAUAUUAGAAAGGAAGAAGAGAAACUAGGUAAUGCGGGAGUCAUAGAAGCAACUCUGGAUCGACAAGAAUCAUUCUUCGCUAAAUAUCUCAACAAAUAUAAUAACACAAACACAAAUCAAUUACAAGAAUCUGAUGUCAAUAAAGAAAAAUCUCAUAUAAAUGUAAAUAGUUGUAAUAAUAUAGUACAUUCUAUAGAUAAUGUGGAAGGUAACUCUAAUCUUAAACUUAAUUCUACUGAUAAUGAAGCUAUGAAUGUAGUUAAUAAUUCGAAUACAAUAGAAUGUAAAGUUAUUCCUUGUGGCGAUGACAGCAAUGAUACAAAUUAUUCUAGUUCGACAAUUAAUGACGAAAUAAAUAAAAGUAUUGCUCUUUUUGAAGAAGACCCAGAAGAAAUCGUUCGUGUCAGUAAUAUGAGAGAACUACUGAAUAAAAAAGAAGAGACAUUAGAAAAUGACGUAACACACAAAAAUUAUGAAAGAAAUACAGUUGAACCGCAACCGACACGUCUAUCACCCUUGCUGCCUAAACCCAAAGAUGUUAGCAUUAUAAAUUGCUCUGAAUGUGGAAAACCAAUACCUGUAAAUAAAUUAGAUGAACAUGCUGAUUAUCAUUUAGCGUUAAAGUUAAGAGAGGAAGAGAGAAAUGAAGUGCGUAAAGAAAGAGAAAUUAAUGCUGUAAAAGAUCUGGACAACAAAGAAAAACACCAUAAAAAGAAACCAAUUUCGGAAGAAAUGAACAAUAAAAAUGAGACACUGACAUCAAUUACAAGUUUUUUAACAAAGAUAGACAAUGGAGUACCCACAAGAAUUUGUUCAGAAUGUGGAAAGAAAAUUGUUGUAGAAAAGUUUUUAGAACAUCAAGAUUUUCAUGAAGCCCAAAAGUUAAGUAGAGAGUUAAAUAAGAGAACAGCUUUUCCUCAUACAAGUGUAACAAGUACGAGUAGUAGUAAAAGGAAGAGGAAACCUGGUUCACCAACCAAGAAGCCUAAAAUGCAAUGCAAGUCAAUAGAUCUGUUUUUUCGGUAACAUAAUGAGUUUUUCUGUAGUUUUCGAAUAUUUAAAAAUUAAUAGCAAUGGACUGAAUCAUGCGAAUAUUUAUAUUGUACAAUGUGUAAAUAAAAUUAAGUUGUUUCA